CAGGGUGGAAUCCACUGGGAGGCGGGAUUGAGAGAGCCGGACAUCGUUGCUGCCAUACAUGUUCCCGACGCGAAGCGUUUCCUGCACUGGUGCAUGGUGGUCGAACAAGAGGGAUUGUUGGAAAUUUUUCGGAGUAGCUGAAGCAUGCUCCUGGCCCAGAUUAACAGAGACUCCCAGGGAAUGGCAGAGUUUCAUGACACUGAUGGGCAGCCUGUCACUCUCUGUCUCACAGAGGCAGUGACUGUUGGUGAUGAGCACAUGGAGAGCAUCGAUGCUGUGAGUCUGCAGGCUGUUACUCUGGCUGAUGGAUCUACUGCCUACAUCCAACAUGACUCCAAAUCCGCCUUCUCAGACGGGCAUAUCAUGGAUGGUCAGGUGAUCCAGCUGGAGGAUGGAUCUGCUGCAUAUGUCCAGCAUGUGUCCAUGCCGAAACAAGGAGGGGACAGUUUACAACUUGAAGAUGGACAGGCGGUCCAGCUCGAAGAUGGGACAACAGCCUAUAUCCACACACCCAAAGACACAUACGAUCAGAGCGGUCUGCAAGAGGUGCAGCUGGAGGACGGCAGCACAGCCUAUAUUCAGCACACGGUGCACAUGCCUCAACAGAAUGCAAUCUUGGCCAUCCAGGCCGACGGCACCAUCGCUGACCUGCAGAGUGACACCACGAGCAUUGACCCAGAGACCAUCAGUGUGUUGGAGCAGUAUACAGCCAAGGUGGAAAAUAUUGAAAAUUCCUUGGCAACCUAUGGUCGAGUGGAAGCAGACAAUGGUGUGCACAUGCAGAUUGUUCUACAUGGUCAGGAGAACCGACAAGCGCGGGUCACUAACGUGGGUGAGAAGUCUUUCCGCUGUGAAUAUGAAGGCUGCGGAAAACUCUACACCACCGCCCAUCACCUGAAGGUUCACGAGCGAUCCCACACAGGAGACAAACCGUACAUUUGCGACUUUUCUGGGUGUGGGAAGAAAUUUGCAACGGGAUACGGACUUAAGAGUCACUCUCGCACACACACUGGGGAGAAGCCGUAUAGAUGUCUGGAGCUUAACUGCUCCAAGUCCUUCAAAACCUCUGGUGAUCUGCAGAAACACACACGUACUCAUACAGGAGAGAAACCUUUUAAAUGUCCCAUCGAAGGCUGCGGCAGGUCAUUUACCACCUCCAACAUCCGUAAAGUUCAUAUCCGGACACAUACGGGAGAACGACCGUACUAUUGUUCUGAGCCCAGCUGUGGACGCGCCUUUGCCAGUGCCACCAACUACAAGAACCACAUGAGGAUUCACACGGGAGAGAAACCUUAUGUGUGCACCGUGCCUGGCUGCGAGAAGCGCUUCACAGAAUACUCCAGCCUCUACAAACACCAUGUGGUCCACACACCGUGUAAACCUUACAUCUGCAACCACUGUGGGAAGACGUACAAACAGAUCUCCACGCUUGCCAUGCACAAACGCACUGCACACAACGACACAGAGCCCAUUGAGGAAGAGCAGGAAGCGUAUUUUGAACCACCAACAGAUGCCAUUGAUGAUCCCAGUGUGAAUUACCAAGCACCGGUUGAUGGUGAGGAUUCAGGCUCUGAACAGAUCCCUGCAGAAAACACAGACAUUGGAGUUCAGCAGCAUGUUGCCUUGGUAACGCAAGAGGAUGGAACGCAGCAACAGGUCAGUAUAUCAGAAGCAGACCUACAAGCUAUGGGUGGCACAAUAACCAUGGUAACCCAAGAAGGAACCACCAUAACCAUCCCAGCCCAUGAACUGACUACACAGAGUGGGCAUUCAGUUACCAUGGUAACAACUGAAGGCUCAGAUGAACAGGUGGCCAUCAUGACACCGGACAUGGCCUCGUUUCAAACCGUGGAGGAAGCUGCAGCUUAUGGUCAAGAACAGGGUGACGUGCAUCCUGUCACGUUGCUGGCCACCUCCAAUGGAACUCACAUUGCUGUACAGCUCAGUGAUCAGCCGUCGCUAGAGGAAGCCAUCAGGAUAGCAUCAAGAAUACAACAGGGGGAGUCCCCGGGUCUAGACGAUUGACAGAUGCAUCAUUCUCAUUAAUAUCUUGACUGGAUUCUUGCCAACAAGGAGAGAAAUCACGAGUCUUCCUCCAAUGCUUUUUGACCGAAGAACUAAGCUUUUAUGUGUAAAUAAGAUUUUGAUAACUGGAUUUCUCUGCUUGGCUACUUUGUCCUUCAACCAGGGUGGAGGAGGGUUUAUGCUUUCUAAUGUUUAUGGUUACUGUGCAGUGUACAGCUAAUCUUAUUUCUAAUAAAAAAAAUUUGAAAUACUUUGUGUGCUUUGGUUGUACAUUACGACCGCAAAGUUGUGAACUCGAGGACCACUGUGAAUGUAAUCAUUGAUAAAUUAGAGGCAACAUAAUGGCAGGUGCUCAUGUUUGUCAUUGGGACGUGGAACAGUUCACCAGAAUUUAAAAUACCGGUGCGAAUUUGGAAUGCAGAUAAAUAAUUUUUAGUUUCAGUAUAUUGCAAUCAGUAAAAUGGUCGAAAACAAUAUGGU